AUGGCAAAUGUCACAAACAAUCCUUCACAAGAUGAGUUGGUGAACUGGUGUAGAGGAGAGGGUCUAGAUGUAAAACAUGCCCUUUUGUUACAUGGAGUGCCAGAAGACACUUCUGUAGCAGAGAUAGAAGAAACAGUAGGGACAGUAAAGGCCUUGGGGAAAGUGCGUGUCCGGGGGAAGAUGUUCCACUCUCAACAACAAGCCCUGAUGGUGUUAGUUGAGUGCCGUGAAGAGGUAGACAUUAACAAAGUUCCCCCUCAACUCAUGCUAACCACAGGUGGAAAAGCUUUGGGUACAGUGAAUACCGUAGCUUACAUGGAGGCUCCAAAGAUAAGCCAGGCUGACGAUUUUACAGAAAAGCUAUUCACACUUCUUCAAAAUGAGGGAAAAACCCUCGAAGAUAUUCAGAGGUUAUGCAGCCAUAGAGAAGAAGAAACCAGUGACCCAGAGUCUAUCAUCCGUGCAGUUGGAGAGAUAAUGGGCCGAAACAGUAAACAGCCCAACAGCCAUGCAUAUAGACGGUUGAGAACGUUCUCUGGAAUUAGUCCCACUCCAGCUGGAGAAGAAUGUUUCGAUACAUGGAUGGAGCAAGCAACCAUCUUAGUUGAAGAAAGUGGGUGCUCAGAGAAAGAGAAAAGGAGACGGAUCCUGGAAAGUCUAAGAGGGCCCACAUUGGAUAUCAUACAGGCUGUACGUAUGACAGACCCCGAUGUUAGUCCUAUAGAGUACAUUAAAGCGAUUGAGAGCAUUUUCGGGACAACCGAAACUGGAGAAGAGCUCUACUUGUCAUUUAAAAGCCUUCGACAGCUACCUGAUGAGCCUCUGUCUGAUUUCCUGAGAAGGUUGGAGAAAUCUCUUAUGAAAGUUGUGGACAAAGGUGGAAUAGCCGUUGGUGAUGCUAACAAAGCCCGUUUGAUGCAGUUAAUUAAAGGGUCCACCUCUGAUGUGAUGUUGCUGAAACUGAAAAUCAGGGAGCGACAAGAUAAUCCACCUACCUUUCUGAGUUUAUUAAAAGAAGUGCGUGAAGAGGAAUGCCGCCAGUCUGCUAGACAGGGACAAGCUGCACCUAAUCGCCGCUCGCAGGUACGAACAGUACAAGCUGAGAGAGGAAAAGAGUUUGACUCAUCCACUGAGAAUGACUUGCAAGCUCAGAUACUGGAACUUAAGGCUCAGCUGGCUGAGGGUCGCAAUCCACACCCGCCGCCCACUGCAGGCCAUACAAAUAAUCCGCAGGGAAAGAAACCACAGAAAACAGAGUCAAACAGUGAUGUUAUAGCACUGAGAAAGCAGGUGAAAGCCUUGGAAAACACCACCAAGUCGCUACAGAGCUGUUUCAAACCACAGACCUGCGCCUGUCCGAGCAUCGUCUUCCAAGGACCCUGA